AUGGUGACCCUCCCAACCCCGUCUUUGAGGGGUGUUCCCCCUCCCCCCUCUUGCUCUCUGUUGCUUCUGCUGCUACGGCCUACCUCGUUGGCUUCGAAUCGGUCGGCGCUGCGUAUGCCUCUAGCAGGAGACGCCGCACCGGCAAAGGCAAAGGGGGCAAGGGCGCUGGAGGGGCUGGCGGGGGCGGUGGAGGUGGUGGUGGAGGCAGUGGAGGGGGUGGGGGUGGUGGUCGGAGUGGUGGCGGGGGUGGCGGCGGCGGCGGCAGCAGUAGAGGCGGAGGAGGCGGCGAUGGUGGCGGAGGGAGCGGAGGCGGCAGAGGUGGCGGAGGAGGCGGAGAUGGAGGAGGCGGCGGAGGCGGCGGCAGCGGCGGCGUCGGCGGUGGUGGAGCGGGUCGGGACUCUGCGUAGAGGAGUGGCUCAGCGCGGUGGGGGUACUGGUCCCUGCACUUACGUCCUACGUACCGGCGACCAAGCUGGUGAGCGGUGCGGGGGCCCCCACUCCACCCAGCGCUGCUUCGGUUGCCUGACGGACGCGUGGCGUCGCCAGUUCCGUGAGGCGUCAGAGAUCCCUCGCCGGGGAGAUUUGUCUAGGGCGGGGGUUGCCAUCUUUGAUCUUGACUAUGAUGCUAUCCUUGCCACCAUGUAUGUUAUGACUACUAGUGUUGAGGGUGAGUGUUACCUGUGUUUACCGCCUGACCCGGGCAUUGAGGCCACUGCUCUAGGUGCUGGUGAGGCUGCUGCUCUAGGUGCUAGUGCGUCUGCUGCCCCAGGUGCUGGUGCGUCUGCUGCCCCAGGUGUUGGUGAGUAUGCUCUCUAUGGUACUACAUCGGCUCAGGACUUACACACCUUCACCCUUGACUUGGGUGCGUCUUGCUCCUUCUUUCUAGACCGCACCACUCUUACGUCGCUCAGUCGGCCGGUUGCAGUCUCCCUGGCGGACACCUCUGGGGGUCCUGUCCUUGCUAGCUUCUCCACUGUCUUAUCGUGCCCGGCACCCGCCUCUGGCACCCUUUCAGAUCUCUACCUCCCCUCGUUCUCUACGAACUUGGUGAGUAGAGCGGACCUUCAAGAUAGGGGGGUUAACAUGUUCACUCCUGCGAGUCAGCGAGUGACCCACUGCACGUGUGCUCGGGCAGGCUGA